GACACGUCACUGAGGUCAGACGCAGGAAAGAUGGCGAGCACCUAUGAGAGUUUUAACUUGCGCACCACGCCAGAGAAGUUCUACAUCGAGGCUUGUGAUGAUGGCAGUGAGGACGUCCUCGCCAUCGACAGAGUGUCCACUGAGAUGACACUCACAGUGAGGAGGGACGUCCCGGCGUCCACCGACAGCAGGCCGAUAUGUGGACUAAUGGGGACGAUACGACUGGUGGCGGGAAUGUACCUGGUGGUCAUCACGAAGAAGAAGAAGGUGGGAGAUCUUCUUGGACAUGCUGUGUGGAAGGCUCUGGAGUUUGACAUUGUCUCAUAUAAGAAGACGAUACUACACCUGACGGACAACCAGAUGCAGGACAACAAGGCAUUCCUGUCCAUGAUCAACGGCGUGCUGCACACUGAUGGUUUCUACUUUGCCACGGACUACGACCUCACGCACAGCCUGCAGAGACUCGCCAACACCAGCCCCGAGUUUCAGGAGAUGAGUCUGCUGGAGAGGGCAGAUCAGCGUUUUGUCUGGAACGGUCACCUGCUCAGAGAGUUCAUGACACAGCCAGAGCUUCACAAGUUUGUGUUUCCUGUUGUCCAUGGCUUCAUCGCUCUGAGGUCGAGCUGCAUAAACGGUAAAGUGUUUGAGUGGAGUAUUAUCUCCAGGAGGAGCUGCUUCAGAGCCGGAGUACGAUACUACGUACGAGGAAUUGACACUGAGGGUCACGCUGCUAACUAUGUAGAAACUGAACAGGUGGUUCAGUAUAACGGUGCCAAGGCUUCUUUUAUUCAGACCAGAGGCUCCAUCCCUUUCUACUGGUCCCAGAGACCGAACCUCAAAUACAAACCCAAACCACAGAUCAGCAAAACGGUCAACCAUCUGGAUGGAUUUCAGAGACACUUCGACUCUCAGAUUAUUCUCUAUGGACGACAAGUCAUCCUCAAUCUGAUCAACCAGAAAGGUUCAGAGAAACCUCUGGAGCUGGCCUUUGAUAAGAUGGUCAACAACCUGGGGAACGGUAUGAUCAAAUACAUUGCCUUUGACUUCCAUAAGGAGUGCAGUCGGAUGAGGUGGCACCGCCUGCAGAUUCUUCUGGACAUGGUGGCUGAGAUGCAGGAUGAGUUUGGCUACUUCCUGGUGGAUGCAGAUGGAAAGGUUCUGCUGAGUCAGGAGGGAACGUUUCGCAGUAACUGUAUGGACUGUUUGGACCGGACCAACGUCAUCCAGAGUCUGCUGGCACGGCGCUCGCUGCAGUCUCAGCUACGGAGGAUGGGAGUUCUCCACAUCGGUCAGCUGAUUGAGGAGCAGGCAGACUUUGAGAAGAUGUACAAGAAUGCGUGGGCUGAUAACGCUGACGCCUGUGCCAAACAGUACGCGGGAACAGGAGCUUUGAAGACCGACUUCACCAGGACGGGGAAGAGGACGCAGUGGGGUCUGCUGAUGGACGGCUGGAACUCCAUGAUCAGAUAUUAUAAGAACAACUUCUCUGAUGGAUUCAGGCAGGACUCCAUUGAUCUGUUCCUGGGGAACUACGCGGUGGACGAAGGUGACUGGACAACUCCUCUGAGAGACCCCAAAGACUGGAAGUUCCUCACGUUGCCGAUCAUCAUGGUUGUAGCGUUCUCUAUGUGCAUCAUCUGUCUGCUCAUGGCCGGUGACACGUGGACAGAGACUCUGGCAUACGUGCUGUUCUGGGGGACGGCGAGCGUGGUGACUGCUGGUCUGAUCCUCUUUAAUGGCGUGGACUUUGUCGACGCUCCGAAGCUGGUUCAGAAGGAGAAGUUGGACUGAAUGUGUGCGUGUGGAAAGCAGCUUGGCCCCGGAGAGCUUGCCGCCUCUUCAUCAUCACUCUAUCCCCCCCAGCAUCAUCAUCCUCACCAUCAUCAGCAGGGCUGGAGCCUGUACUGACGGAGGAGGGGGGGCCGGGGCCGGCCCUUCCGCUCAUUGACGGGUUAGAGACGGACUGAGAGAGCGGAGGUCGGCUGCUGUCCACACUGCAGCGCGUUCACGAUGACAGGACUAUCUGUCUGCUGGUUAAACCAAACCUCUGACUGCGUUUGAUUCGAUGUCACAGACCUGACGGGGGCGCUGUGGUUAGUCCCACCGUGCUCUUCGUACAGAUACUGAGGGAUCAGAUCAGCUGAUCACCGAUCAGCUGUUAGUGAAUUACUGUAUGAACUCUUCGUCUGCCUUCUGGUUUCUUUCUGACUCCUUGUCUUCAUGUUUUUAUGUUUUAUGUUUGAAUUUUUCAGGACGGGUUCAACUGACAGAGUUUAGGGUGUUUUCUAAGAAAGGCUGGCUGCACACGAGACGAUUUUCAGAUCUCAAUUGGUUCAAAAACAGGGACAGGAGGAUGGGAUCAACUAACGGUGGAUUUACUUUAAAAACUUGGGCCAACACCAACACAGAUGUUAAACUGAGAUUUGGGGAUGCUGAUGCAGAUGAUUUUUCCUUUCUCGUUGUUGAAACAAUGAUCAGCUGGGUAUUUAUGAUAAUAUCUAAGAGAGUACGGUCUGGACCUGUGGUACCCAACCUGGGGUCUGGGCACUCUCAGGGGGCGCCAAAGAUCUCAGGAGGGUGUGGGACCUGGUCUGCUCUGACAUCGUCAAACUUGAGAGGCAUCAGACAUCCAUAGAGACAUGCAUUCUUAGACGCUUUUAAACUCUUUUAAUCCAUAAUUUGCAGCUUCACUAAACACGACCGGCCCAGCAACCAGAGACGAUCCCACAACCGUUUAAGUUCUCUUUCAUUGGCACUGGGGCGUUGUGCUCUGCCCAUGUCUGUUGCCUUCUGUCUUUUUUUUUUAUUGAGGUGAACGCCAUAAGGCAUAGAUACUAAACAGUAAACCAACAUUUCCUUUUCUGGAUAAAAUUCAUGUAUUGUUAUUCUCUAACCUGUUUUACAAGUGCUGACUUUUGCCACAUGCUAGGUCGCCCAUAAGCAUGGAUAAAGGGGAGAGCUUUUUCUAAAUCUAUGAUUUAGUUAAUCUGUAAUAACCAUAUUUAUUAUCAAAGUAACAAACAUGAAUUUAAUUUAUUGAUGUUGUAAAAUUGAGGCUUUUUCAGAAUGUAAACCCCCUUUCCUUUCACAAAAAUGUGAAUAGGCACGCCGACUAAACCACUUAGAGCAGUGAUACUCAACGCGUGGCUAAAUGUGGCUCUUUUGUGUUGAUUUGUGGCUCUUCUAUGCCUUCAUUUGAAAAAA